AUAGUAGUUUCCCUUAAAGAGAGAUACACGAUCUAGGGUUUUGCUAUUCGGCAGCAAAAGGCAAAGCGAGAGAGAGGAUAGAGAGGGCUUGCAUUUUCUUGUGGCCGUCAGUCUCCUUCCCACCUCAGCAAUGAUUAUUUCAGAGAAGAAUCGCAGAGAGAUCUCCAAGUACCUCUUUCAAGAGGGUGUGUGCUAUGCAAAGAAAGAUUACAACCUCGCGAAGCACCCAGAGAUCGAUGUGCCGAACCUACAGGUAAUCAAGCUGAUGCAGAGCUUCAAAUCCAAGGAGUACGUGAGGGAGACCUUUGCCUGGAUGCAUUACUACUGGUACUUGACCAACGAUGGCAUUGAGUUUCUGAGAACCUAUCUCAAUUUGCCAUCCGAGAUUGUUCCCAACACUCUGAAGAGAGCUGCCCGCCCUCCUCCUGCUGGCGGCCGCUUUGGCGGCCCUCCCGGUGAUCGCCCACGUGGUCCACCUAGGGCUGAAGGUGAUAGGCCAAGAUUUAAUGAUCGUGAGGGUUACCGUGGAGGUGCAAGAGCCCCCACUGGGGAGUAUGCUGACAAGGGAGGAGCUCCAGCUGAAUACCAACCUGCUUUUAGGGGUACUGGAGGAAGAUCUGGGUUCGGCCGUGGUGGCGGCGGUGGCAGUUUUGGUGCUGGGCCUGCUGGUGGAAGUUUCGAGUAAAGAAGAUGGAUGGUGUAUUGAAGCUCUCCGGAAGAGACUCUGGAAGCUUGAAUGCUGUACUACUUCAGGACACCAUCUCUGUUCUUUUUGAUUGUUGAGCAAAGUUAUUAGUAUGUGAUUUUAAAUGGGCUAGCCUGCUUGUUCAGUUUAAAUUUUGACAGAUAUGAUGAUUUUGGUUGAACUUCAUUUUCUACAACUACUAAUAUUUAUGUUUGUGGAUUUUACGUU